AUGGGGUUUUCAUUGAAGGGAGCAGAUGCUUCCGCCACGACUACUUCCGAGAUCAAUCCUGAUCCAGUCGAAAAUACGACACCUAGCUCGUCCGAUGAGAAGCUUCGCGAAAUAAACGUGACCACUGCGAUCGCAGAUCUCGACAAGAUUCAGCACAACCAUCAAUGGGAUCCAAAUCUUCCACAAGAAAAACUUGACGCUGUUAAGUCUGCGCUCGAACAUGGAGAUGAUAAAGAAAUUGCCGAGGCCGACCUGCUAUUCACCGAAGACUCGCCCUACGAAGAAGUACGCGCCGCCGUGCGCAACACCGAUGGGGGUGAGGUAGCGUGCACCGUGAGGGCAUGGGUACUUGGAAUGAUAUUCGUCACUAUCGGUAGUGGCCUGAAUAUGUUAUUGAGUAUGCGAAGUCCUUUGGUUAAUUUUCCAGCGUUAGUAGUCGUGCUUGUGUCCUAUCCGGUUGCGAAUCUCUGGGCGAAGAUUAUGCCUACCAGGGUGUUCAAUACGUUUGGAUUGCGGUGGACAUUGAAUACUGGUCCGUUUACCAUCAAAGAGCACGUUGUCAUCACUAUCAUGUCGAAUGUUUCGAUAGCAUACGCAUACUCGACGGAUGCGCUGCUCGCGCUCCAGGGAAAACCAUUCUAUGACACCAACUUAGGAUGGGGUUUCUCGUUGAUCUUCACUUUGAGCUCUCAACUUAUGGGUAUCUCAUUGUCUGGCCUGUUUAGGCGCUUCCUCGUCUAUCCUGCGGCAAUGUUGUGGCCAACCCAGUUCUCAAACACCUCGCUUUUCUACGCCCUUCACGAUAAGAGCAAAAGUGAUGGCAGUACCGCCAACGGAUGGACCAUCAGUCGUUACCGGUACUUUUUCUUAGUGACCGGGGGCAUGUUCGUGUACUAUUGGAUCCCGGCUGUACUUUGGCAGGGUCUCAGCGUUUUCGCUUUCAUCACCUGGAUUAAACCGAACAAUGUUGUUCUCAAUCAACUCUUUGGUGGCUAUACGGGCCUCAGUCUCAUCCCCAUCACGUUCGACUGGACUUAUGUCUCUGCCUACCUAUACGAUCCUCUGCUAGCCCCGACGGAAGCCCAUGUCAAUACCCUAAUUGGCCUCUUCAUUUUUGUCAUGAUCGCUACGAUUGGAAUCGUGUAUACUGGAGCUCUCUAUUCCGAGUACCUCCCUAUGGUAACGUCGCAAACCUACGACAACACUCAGCAGGCCUAUACCGUCCGGAAUAUUCUCGGGGAUAACUUCACGCUCGACUUAGAAAAGUAUCGUAGUUACUCCCCAUUAUUUUUAUCCCCAACUCUGGCUCUCAACUACGGGCUUUCUUUUGCGGCAUUGACAGCGUCGCUCGUGCACGUUGGACUCUUCCACGGGAAAGAGAUUUGGUAUCGAUUGAAGACCGCUCGUAAUCAGGAACCCGACAUACAUCUUAAACUCAUGAAGAAGUACGACGAGGCUCCUGAAUGGUGGUACACUUGCCUUCUCCUUUUCUCGCUCGCACUAGGGCUUGGGACUGUGCUAGGUUACGAUUCGCAAUUGCCGUGGUGGGGAUUUUUCCUAUCUAUUAUUAUCGCAUUCCUAUUUGUGAUUCCCACGUGCAUGAUCAUGGCGGUUUCGAACAUUAUGCUGUCCCUUAACGUCAUUGCGCCUUUCAUAGCAGGAUUUAUAUUCCCAGGACGACCCAUCGGCGUGAUGAUUUUCAAAUUCUUGAUUCUCGCUGGGAUUGCUAACACAAAGCAGACCUCCGACUUGAAGUUGGCUCAUUACAUGAAAGUUCCUCCUCGAGUCACUUUCUGGUGCCAGGUCGUCGCGAGUAUAUGGGCCGUUUUUGUGCAGAUCGCUGUGAUGAACUGGACCUUAGGGACCAUUCCCGACGUUUGUUCAAGCACCCAGCCAAAUCAUUUCACCUGCCCCAAUGGACGCGCAUUCUUCUCCUCCAGCAUCGUUUGGGGAGUGCUUGGUCCAGAACGCAUGUUUGGUCCUGGAUCUAUGUAUGUGAAUUUCAACUGGUUCUGGCUUAUUGGAGCUGUGAUGCCAGUUAUAUUAUGGGUUCUUGGUCGCAAGAUGAAGAUUGGUUUCGCACGCCACCUCAACGCACCCAUCUUGUUUGGAGCUAUGGCUUGGCUUCCGCCCGCCACCCCGAUCAGCUUCUCAACUUGGGCAUUUUGGGGUUUGGUUUUCAACUAUGGCAUACGAAAGAAGUUCAACGGAUGGUGGCGCACAUACAACUACGUCACUGCCGCCGCGCUUGACGCAGGUCUCAUCUUGUCGACCAUUGUCAUCUUCUUCGCGAUCACUAUGUCAGGAGUUACCAUCCCUCAAUGGUGGGGUAACGUAGAUGUGUACAAUACUGUUGAUGCGACAAAUACAGCAUGGCUCAAAACAGUACCGGAGGGUGAGACGUUCGGGCCAGCAACGUGGUAGCAUCAAAACACUGCAGGCUAUUGGAGCCUUGUGGAAGGGUCGAAUCGGUAUUUGAGGUGCACCACGUCAGCUGUUGUAUGUCUAGUAGAAAGUGACGCAGCCUCAAUGAGACACCAAAUACUAACAUCGCAACCGAUAUUAGUCGCUUGAGCCAAGCUACUUAAUGAACCUCGAUCAUUGCAUUUAAGGAUUAAAACAUCACAGGCUUCAGAGACAACCUGUUUGAAUCUCCUACACAAAAAAUUCAUUAGAACCACAAUAUCCUUUUUAAUCACAUCUCAGUAUCGCUUGAAUCGUAUCGAGUGUCGAUGAAUACUAUGGCCAUGAGCGCAGCUUCCAGCAUGGUCAAAUGCCCACCUGAUUUUGGAGUGCACGCACACUGUCAGCAAGAUGAGCCCCCAAAGCCAUCUCAUAUCAUCCCAUCCAAACUCA